CCCCAGCAGGGGUCUCUCCAACUCCCUGUUAUUGAUUUUGAAGAUCAAUCAAGGUAGUCAGUCUUCUAAGAUUCCUUUUGUCCUUGAAGUCUAAGAAGCUAACAAGAGGGUCUUGCUGAACCCAAAAGAAGUAGGAAGCUCAAAGGAAAUACAGUUGAAAAUGGCAUUCGAGAAAGCUUCAAAGCCAAUUUCUAAGUCCUCCAUUCCCUCCAAGAAGAGGUGUAAUGGAGCAUCAUCAUUCAACAUUUGCGCCAUGGCUAGUGUCCUCUUGGAAUUGGCUUUCCUUCAGCUCAUUGCAUCUCUCCUGAUCCUGCCAAGCCCAUCUGAGGCAUUUUAUCGGGAGCCAAAGAGAGUUAAACUAACCAACAAUCACACGAACAUUUUGACAGUUAGGUGCUUUUCAUUCUACGAAAGUGAAACCACCGAACGAUGGCAUUUAAAGCCUAAAGAAUGGUUCAACUUCACAGUCCAACCUAAUAAACUCUUCCCUUCCAUGUCCAUGUACAACUGCUCCACCAAUAUGGGGGUGUUUGUAGCUUACAGUUAUGACUACGAGUGCGCCACAGAAGAUUACCCGACUUGUGACUGGAGGUUUGAUGAAAAUCGAACGUACCAUUUCAUUCAUAAGACAAAUACAUGGGUAGCCUAUGAUUACAAUCCUAAUUAUGAGUCUCUUGGAAGAGGGGGUGUUGUAAGAGGUUUCUUUACUAAUUGAGAAUGUUUAGUUGAAAAGGGGCAAAAAAAAAAAAAAAAUAGCAACAUACACUAGCUAAUAACAAGAAAAU